GUUACGGACGUGCAUACACCUGGAGGAGCACAUCAUUAACAAAAUUGGCAACUCCUUUAUCAUCCUCUUCUUCAUCUUUACCCUCUCUUAAUAACGCUAGCAGUCACUCCUCUGUCACCACUAAAGAUCACACAUUCAACUCUUAGCUCUGGAAGCUGAUCUCAAACGAUUUUAACGACCGCCUGACGACAAACCAUUAUAAGAGGUCAGAGCUCGGCAAACUGUUGAAUAAUAGUUCCAGACCACCGGCAUACCAAGCGCAAGCUUAGGACCAACCAUCGAAAAACGUUCAAAGAAACGCAUCAUCUAUCAGAGAAGAUAUAGCCAGCAACAUGCCAGAACCAUUCGGCUCUUUUGGGUGGAUGUGCUCACAUACCGUAUUGCCACAGUGCAACUUAUUCUUCUCCCAACUAUUCGAGAAUGAUACCCCAUUCCUCACUACCCUCUUCCCCGAAAGCUCGACUUUCUUCAGCCAGUACAAUGUCACGAGGCAAAAUUCCAACGAAGAUUUGGCGGUACUCGCAGCCAAACGGGAUGCAGGAACAGGCGUGGGGUCAAAUUGUGAGAUAGCUCGGAUAGGACAAAGAGGAUCUUCUGGAGAUAUUGCCCUUAUCGUUCUUUCAGCCGUGGCAGUUUUAAUCGCUUCACUGUUCGCUUUUCGGGCUUCUCGAAGAUGGGCGGCCGUCGGACGGGCUGAACUUCGUUUACUGCUCGUCGCUUUCGGGGUUCGCUCAGCUCUCCAAAUCGUGACCAUGACCUCCCUCCUCAAGCAAGGGUCAAAAGGCCUCGUUGUCGUCAGUGCGAUCCACAUUGGCAUUAUCGUCGUUUUCUUCUGGCUUUUGUUAGGGAACGCUUUGAUUGCUGCCCAGAUAGUCGAGGAUGGAACAGCAGCGGCACUGGUGCCACUUUCAAUCUUCAGUAUACUUUUCUUUGCAGCCACUCUUUAUAUCUCCCUCGACACAGGUCUGCACUGGAGUCAAGCGUUCCAUUUGACUUCCAUAGCGGAUGCGGAGAACUUGAAAGGCAUUGCAUUGUUCGUAUUCUCAUUGAUAUUGCCAGCAGCCUUCUCAGUCCUCUACAUCCUCAUCAUGUUGUACAUUGUGAUCAAGGUGUUGGAUGAGAGAAAGCCUGCGAUUUUGUACCUAGCUUCUUUUGCCUUCUUCGUGGCAGCACAGCUUGUUUUUUUCCUGGCGUCCCAGCCUCUUUGCAACGCCUCGAACGGAAAAGUCAACUCUGCGUUUCUCACCACUUUUCUCGAGAUUGUAUCAAUGACACUGAUUUACCUGGCGUGGGUGAGCAUCACGGAAGAUGACUGGGGACAAGAUGAGUAUGGCAUGUAUUAAACGGGAUUCUGUUAUCUAAGUAGUCGACUUCCUUACCCUUAUUGGAUGUUGACAGUUCCAUCAUACAUCGAGAAAGAUAUAGAAGGGAGUUAGGGAUAUCUGUUUGCGAUUCGUCCCCACUCGGCGGCUUCUCCGGUCAUCCUCAUCUGGCCCAAUACUACACUUCAUGCCCAGUUAAUUUAGGCUGUUAUGGCCCAUGUAUCCUCUUCCUCAC